CGGCGAGCGCCCGGUGAGGAGACAUCACUAGUUGCGGAGCUUGUCAGCGGUGUUUGUCCGAAUCGUCAUCGGAAACGAGCGCGAUGUUCAAGGCGUCUCUCUUCGUGCUUUGCGCUAUCGUCGCAAGGGCAAGCAGCGCGGGAGACAUCUAUGUGGAUGAGACGCAAGAUAGACCGUCUCGGGUCAGGGCCAACGACGAUCUCCGGCCCCCGGCUCCGUACAGCUUCACGUACGGCAGCUCGGACAAGCACGGCUCGCACGGCCGCGAGGAAAGCCGGGACGAGCACGGCACCGUGCGCGGCUCGUACCGCAUCGCCCUCGCUGACGGCCGCAUGCGCGUCGUCAAGUACGUCGCCGACAAGGACGGCUUCCGAGCUGGCAUCUCGACGAACGAGCAGGGCACCGAGUCGGCCAGUUCGUCGGGCGUGGUCAUCAACUCGCAGGCCCUGCCCGGUGCGGAUGCUGCCAGGGCGGCGCACAGGUCCAUGACUCGGGCAGGAGGUUCGAGGCACUCCGCUCCGACGCGCGCAGCCGCGGCUGCGGCGUCUUCGAACGUGGAGCAGUGGGUGCCGGCGCCGUCGCGCUUGAGGGCGCCCUCCUACCUGCCCGCAGAAAGGGGCGAGGUCGUCUAUUACGAGUCAUAACGUGGGAAGUAUAUGUGAUCAGGGCACACAGUUAAUGUAGAGAGUUUCACGGCAGAGGCCGC